CGCUCCUAUUGGCUGACAGGGAUGCUGGGAUGCUGCGCUGUGUGAAACGUCAUCUGACCAGCAGCACGUUUAUCUAUCUCGCCGGCUCAACACCCGUCCUAGAAAUGAGGCAAGUGCUGAUUUAGAGAAACACAGCAGCAAGAGACUGAAGACUGGACGCUGGUGAAAUCGAGACAGGACACUCUCUGCCCGCAUCCGCAGCGCAUCAUGAGGGAAAUCGUUCAUAUCCAGGCUGGACAAUGUGGAAAUCAGAUCGGGGCGAAGUUCUGGGAGGUGAUAAGUGAUGAGCAUGGCAUCGAUCCCACUGGUAGUUACCAAGGUGACAGUGACCUGCAGCUUGAGAGGAUAAAUGUCUACUACAAUGAGGCAUCAGGGAGUACAGGCAGCAAAUAUGUCCCCCGUGCUAUUCUGGUCGACCUGGAGCCAGGAACCAUGGAUUCAGUUCGCUCCGGCCCAUUUGGACAGCUAUUCAGGCCUGACAACUUUGUCUUUGGUCAAAGUGGAGCAGGAAAUAACUGGGCCAAGGGUCACUACACCGAGGGAGCUGAGCUGGUGGACUCUGUCCUGGACGUGGUGAGGAAGGAGUCUGAGAACUGCGACUGCCUCCAGGGCUUUCAGCUCACCCACUCACUGGGUGGGGGCACAGGUUCAGGAAUGGGUACACUGCUCAUCAGCAAGAUCCGUGAGGAGUACCCUGACCGUAUCAUGAACACCUUCAGUGUCAUGCCUUCUCCAAAGGUGUCUGACACUGUGGUGGAGCCCUACAACGCCACUCUGUCUGUCCACCAGCUAGUGGAAAACACAGAUGAGACCUUCAGCAUUGACAAUGAGGCCCUGUAUGAUAUUUGCUUCCGCACCCUGAAGCUGACCACACCUACCUACGGAGACCUCAACCACCUGGUAUCAGCCACCAUGAGCGGGGUAACAACCUGUCUCCGCUUCCCUGGCCAACUCAAUGCUGACCUCCGUAAGCUGGCCGUCAACAUGGUGCCCUUCCCCCGCUUGCAUUUCUUCAUGCCAGGCUUUGCGCCCCUCACAAGCAGGGGCAGUCAGCAGUACCGUGCCCUCUCUGUGCCAGAGCUCACACAGCAAAUGUUCGAUGCCAAGAACAUGAUGGCAGCCUGUGACCCUCGUCAUGGACGCUACCUCACUGUUGCAGCCAUCUUCCGUGGCCGUAUGUCAAUGAAGGAAGUGGAUGAGCAGAUGUUGAGUGUGCAGAACAAGAACAGCAGCUACUUUGUUGAAUGGAUUCCCAACAAUGUCAAGACAGCCGUUUGCGACAUCCCUCCCCGUGGCCUCAAGAUGUCCGCCACCUUCAUUGGUAACAGCACGGCCAUCCAGGAGCUGUUCAGGAGGAUCUCAGAGCAGUUCACAGCCAUGUUCCGCCGCAAGGCCUUCCUCCACUGGUACACUGGAGAGGGAAUGGAUGAGAUGGAGUUCACUGAGGCCGAGAGCAACAUGAAUGACCUGGUGUCUGAAUAUCAGCAGUACCAGGAUGCCACUGCUGAUGAGAUAGGUGAAUAUGAAGAAGAUGAAAUAGAGGAUGAGGAAGAAGUCCGCCAAGAUGUUCGCCACUGAUUGUAAAACACUGACAUGACACUCUGAUUGACCCAGUCCCUCAAAAUAUUAAUCGUUGUUGGACAAGUGCAGUGAGAUCAUAAGAAGUAUGCUAGAGAUGCAAUGUUCAACUAAAUAUUGCAGUGUGUACAUCAUGAUGAAAUAUAUCUGUUUAGCCAAAAUUAUUGCAUAUAGAUAAGGCUUCUACUGACAAAGAUCAUGAAUGGUGUUAGAACCUCAAAAUAUGCAAGUACCAUAGUAAUUGUUUUUUCCAAGUCAUGCUUUGCCACUAUCAAAAACAAGUGCAGUCUUGUCCUAAAUACAGUUUUGUAACAUUUACUUCAACAUGCAUUCACUGUCUCAAGUCUCAAAUAAAAACUCCAGUCCUGUCAAUAA